AUGUCGUCAAAAACAGAAAUAUCACGAAGAAGUCGAACUGUCAAGGCCUAUGAUCUGGACGAGGUUGAGCGCUUAUUAAAGGAUGUAAAGGUAGCACAGUGCAUGUUGACUGAACCUCCAGCAGUAGUUGAUGAGGAAAGUGUACUUAAACGUCUAAGCGCUUUAUCUCUUGGUAAUGGGUCUGAUGGCAACUGUUGCUCGUGUUGUGGUGUUGGUCCAUUUGCCACACGGGCUCAGCAAACAGCACAUUAUAAAGACCAUUGGCAUAUUCAUAAUAUAAAACGGAAGCUGUUUGGGAAAAAACCUCAUACAUUAGGGGAAUAUAAAUCUAAAGAUGGUGUAAGCUCAGACUCAUCAGGCAGUGAAUCGGAAGCUGAUGAUGAUCCCAACAUGACAGCUACAGAACUAUUUGCAGCUGCAACAAGACACUGUAAGGCUUUCUUCUCCAAUGAUAAAGAGCAAGUUUUUUGUAUUUAUCGUUGUAUCCUGCAUCACAGGAAGGAAGAGAUGUCAUUAGAUGGUGAGGGACAUGUAUGGGCUAGACGCUGCAAAGAUCUCCUUAGCCCCGGUUUUGGUCGCUGGGCAGUGUUCAUGGUCUCGGGAGGCCAUUUCGCUGGUUGUAUUUUUACCGGUGGCGUGGAUGCCAUACACAAAACUCUCCACUCCUAUACGACCCGCCGUGGUCAAGGCCAGUCACAGUUGACAAGAGACAGUCAUGAAGAACAAUUGGAUUUUAUGGUGUGGUUAAAAUUAUUCGAAACUGCUACAACUAUUCGAAAUGUAUAA